AGUGGCUGCCGUCGGUAAGUUAAGGUUUGGCCUUGGUCUUGCAAUCUGUCGCCAUCCAGGAUCCGGGGACGCUCCUUGCGGGGCUGCCGCGGUUCGCUGCGUCGAAAUGGGCAAGUUCAUGAAACCCGGGAAGGUGGUGCUGGUCCUGGCCGGACGCUACUCGGGACGCAAAGCCGUGAUCGUGAAGAACAUCGACGAUGGCACCUCGGACCGCCCCUACAGCCACGCGCUGGUGGCCGGCAUCGACCGCUAUCCCCGCAAAGUGACAGCCGCCAUGGGCAAGAAGAAGAUCGCCAAACGCUCCAAGAUCAAGUCGUUUGUGAAGGUUUAUAACUACAACCACCUCAUGCCCACCAGGUACUCCGUGGAUAUUCCCUUGGACAAAACUGUGGUGAACAAGGAUGUCUUCAGAGACCCUGCUCUGAAGCGCAAGGCCCGGAGGGAGGCCAAGAUCAAGUUUGAGGAGAGGUACAAGACUGGCAAAAACAAGUGGUUCUUCCAAAAGCUGCGGUUUUAGAUAUUGUUUCUUGUUCCACUCAUUAAAGACUUUAAAAAAAACCUUGUUGACCUGCUGCAUGUUUUAGCCAACUGGGCGUUCACAGGUGGUGGCUGAG